AUGUACAUCACCCUCUACUACAUAGUCACCCGGCUCCCAGACUCUCUUCGAGUAGUCAAGGACCACUUCCUCUCUGUUUGCCCCACCACUCUCACCGUUGACCUCCUCGAAAAGGCCCUCCUAGCGAUAGAGAAGAGCAUAGUCGCUGUAGGAGCCUCUCGUGGUGACCCUCGCACCCCCGUCUUUGAGGGGUGUUCUCCCUCCCCCCUCUUGCCCUCUGUUACCUCUGCUACUGCGGCCGACCUCGUUGGUUUCAAGUCGGUCGGCGCUGCGUCUGCCCCGAGCGGGAGACGCCGCACCCGCAAGGGCAAGGGGGGCAAGGGCGCUGGAGGGCCUGGAGGGGGCGGUGGAGGUGGUGGUGGAGGCAGUGGAGGGAGUGGGGGUGGUGAUGGGAGUGGUGCCGGGGGUGGCGGCGGCGGCGGCAGCAGUGGAGGCGGUGGAGGCGGUGGAGGUGGCGAAGGGAGCGGAGGUGGCGGAGGCAGCGGUGGUGGAGCGGGUCGCGACUAUGCGCAGAGGAGUGGCGCCCGUGGUGGUCAGCGCCAGCAGCAGCAGUGGAGUGGUGCCGGGGUUGCUAUCUUUGAUCUUGACAUUGAUGCUAUUCUUGCUACUAUGUAUGCUGUUGAUACUAGUAAUGAGAGUGCUUGUUACCUGUGUGUACCGCCUAACCCAGGCAUUGAGGCCGCUGCUCUGGGUGCUGGUGAGGCUGCUGCUCUAGGUGCUAGUGCGUCUGCUGCCCCAGGUGCCAAUGCGUCCGCUGCCCCAGGUGCUGGUGAGUCUGCUCUCUCAGGUACUACGUCGGCUCAGGCCUUCCACACCUUCACCCUGGACUCGGGUGCGUCCCGCUCCUUCUUUCGAGACCGCACCACUCUUACGCCGCUCAGUCGGCCGGUUGCAGUCUCCCUUGCAGACCCCUCUUGGGGUCCCGUCCUUGCUAGCUUCUCCACUGUCCUACCGUGCCCGGAAGCCCCCUCUAGCACCCUGUCUGAUCUCUACCUCCCCUCGUUCUCUACGAACUUGGCAAGUGGAGCGGACCUACAGGAUAGGGGGGUUGACCAGUUCACUCCUGCGAGUCAGCGAGUGACCCACUGCACGUGUGCUCGGACAUGCCAACACUUGGCCACGUUCACCCGUCAGCCAGGGUCAAGCAUGUACACCCUUACUUCGGAGUCUCCUUCUACUGCUAAGUCUGCCCAGGUAGCUGCGUCGAGUCAGGUGUUUGCUGCAGCAUCCAAGUCCAGUCCUGAGUCUGCUCCCUGCUCGUGUCGUCUCCUGUCCCACCAGACUCUCCUUUGGCACCAACGCCUUGGUCACCACUCCUUGCUUCGUCUCCGAGGCAUGGCCUCCCGUGUCCUUCGUCGAGGGGCAACAGCGCACUCCCCUCACUCCUCCGAGUUUCCACCAACACAGGCUCCGCUGCAGACUCUCCACAUGGACGUGUGGGGCCCAGCUCGCGUCAGUGGGCAAGGGCGAGAGCCGUACUUUCUGCUGGUGGUUGACGACUACUCGCGGUACACCGCAGUCUUCCCCUUGCGCAGCCAGGGUGAUGUCACUGAGGUGAUGAUCGACUAG